AUGCGCCUGCUUUAUCAGCUCACUCUCCAGUCCUCAACACAGCAGUCCUUAGUGGCGACUCUGACUCUUCUUCGGACGACGAGCCACCGCGUGUUAUUAACGCUCGACGAGGAAGAGACUCCUUACCCAAGCGCCAUAGGUCUCGCUCACGAUCCAAAUCGACAGUCGGAUGUGAUUGCAAAGGAAAAGAAUCUGAGUGUAAAUGUGCGCACACGGAGACCAAACAAUCAUGUCCUUGCACAGCCAGCGACUACCAUGCUUCAAACUACCCUCAUCGCAUGGUUCCUCCGUGGUGGCAUUCUCCGUAUCAUCCAGAAUACCCCUAUGCACCAACACGUAUCCCCAAUCGAAUCAACUGGGAUACCUCCCCUCAUUGUACCGGACACCUCCUAUGCAUAUGUGCCGGCAGCAGAUAUUCCGUGGGCGACGCCAGCACCAUCCUUGAUUACCAUGGAGCAACCUCUGGAGAAAAAGGAACCCGAAAAUAAGAAAAAGAAGAAGAAUGAGUCAAAGGAGAUCAAGUUGAAUCCAGCAUGGGGCAAGUUUGGUUCGAAGCAGGCACUAGUAGAAUCUUCCACUACUCUCAGCCAUAGGAAACUCUCCCAAAUCUCUAUUCGCCCUCUGCUGACACUGGAGACCUGUCGGACGCUCCUGUUCUGCAAUGUCUUUGGAGCAGCACCAGAAUUGACGAAUGACGAGCAAGAUAUUGAAGAAUUUCUUCAUGAUCCAGCAACGGUCCCUCGAUUGACCGCGGUUACGCUCUCACUUGGGCCGGCGGGUUCCCUCUCCAUCAUCAACCGCCACGGCGUACUCGUUGGCGAUAUACUCACGCAGAUUCAACAAUAUAUGGAGAGGGAAAUCGAACGUUCCUUUUGGGACAAACUCCCCCAUGUGCAGCGCCACAACGCCAAGGAGUCGUGUCGUCGACGUCGAGCUGCAGGUCAUGUAUCCAGUUCUCGAGUCGUUAUGGGAGACUUGCUGGAGGGGAACAUUAUAUUCUCCGGCAUGGCUUCACCUGCUAGGGGCUCUGGAGGGGUCUUUGAGACGCACUGGGAGGAGCACUGA